AUGGCGGGUUAUGCUUUACGCUUAUCACACGUGCCGAGCGUUUACGGGAGCGAUGUGAUCGAGAAAGAGACCGAGGAUUUAUUCUGUGCGCAACUGGGACUCACUCAUGAUCAUGAAGCUGUACAAAGAGAAGAGGAAGCGAUUAAGAUCGAUGGUUUAAAUACUGCCCAGAUAAAAGAACUCAGAGAAAAGGCUGAAAAAUUUGCAUUCCAGACUGAAAUCAACCGCAUGAUAAAACUUAUUAUCAAUUCUCUUUAUCGUAAGAAAGAGAUUUAUCUCAGAGAAUUGAUAUCAAAUGCAUCUGACGCAUUGGACAAAAUUAGAUUAUUAUCUUUCACCGAUAAGAGCGUGUUGGAAACAAAUACUGAAUUGGCUAUUAGAAUAAAAGCAGACAAAGAAAACAAAGUACUGCAUAUAAUGGAUUCUGGUAUCGGCAUUACAAAGCAAGAUCUAGUGAACCAUCUUGGAACCAUCGCUAAAUCUGGCACAGCCGAGUUUCUGGGAAAAAUGCAGGAUGUCACAAAUGUCCAGGAUAUGAAUGAUAUGAUCGAUCAAUUUGGUGUGGGCUUUUAUUCUGCCUGCUUGGUUGCAAAUGUUGUUGUUGUUACCACCAAACAUAACGACGAUAAACAGUAUAUUGGGGAAUCUGAUAGUUCCAACUUUAGCAUUAUUGAAGAUCUAUGUGGAGAUACCUUGAAGAGAGGAACGACUGUAAGCUUACAUUUGAAGGAUAGACGUCCUAGAGUCUGAUACGAUUAAGACCUUAGUAAAGAAAUAUUCACAGUUUAUCAAUUUCCCUAUAUAUUUGUGGAACAGUAAACAAGUACAUGUUGACGCUGAAGAAGUGGAAGAAGAUAAGCCUGUGAAAGAGAAAGAUGAUAGUGAUACCGAAGAUAAAGAGGACGAGGAGGAUGACACUAAGGUGGAAGAGGACACAGAGGAGAAGAAACCUAAGAAAGUGGAUAAGACCGUAUGGGAUUGGGAAUUAUUGAACUAUGAUAAGUAAGUAUCAAUUAAUUAAUAGUCUUAUAUAGUCAAAUAUACUUUUUAAUCAAAUUUUGUAUUUUUUAAUUCAAUAGAUCUGUAAUCCCAAGGGAAGACAUGAUGAUAGUUAUGCCAUCCUUCUCCCGAGUAGAACACAGAAAAAACUUGAUUGUUUGCUGGAUUUAUAUAUCUGUAACAAUCAAGAAAGCAGUUGUAAUUAAAUGCUGAUUACGUACAAAAUUUGAUUUAACAGUAUAUUCGACUAUAUAAAACUGACAUAUAAAUCCAGCAGACAAUAAAGUUUUUUCUACAUUCUCCUAGAUAACAGAUCUAUUGAAUUAAAAAAUACAAUUAAUUUAACAAAAAUGUUUAAUGAUUUUUUAUCAAAAAUUGGUUGGGCAUACGAUUUAAAGUAUGCAUCGGAUAAAACGGUAAGGAAACGUAUAAGGAGAACGGACGACGCAUAGUGGGUCGAAUAGUAUGAAAACGAGUGAAUAACAUUUCAUAAUUUAUUAUUAUAUUUUUGCAUUUUGUGGGUAACAAAUUCAUAAUUUUGUUUUACAUUCUUUUGUAUUCUUUUCUCGUAAUUGUCACAGUUUCAUGUAUGAAAUUUGAAUUUCAUUAAUGAAAUUUGAAUUUCAUACCCCGUUUUAUCCGAUGCAUACUUUAAAUCGUAUGCCCAACCAAUUGUUGCAAAAAAAUCAAUGAACAUUUUUGUCAAAUUAAUUGCAUUUUUUAAUUCAAGAGAUCUAUAAUCCUAAGAGAAAACAUGAUGAUAAUUAUGCCAACCCUCUCUCGACGAGAAUAUAGAAAAUACUACAUUGUCUGCUGGAUUUAUAUAUCUGUAACAAUCAAGAAAGCAGUUGUAAUUAAAUCCUUAUUACGUACAAAAUUUGAUUUAAAAGUAUAUUCGGCUAUAUAAGACUAUUAAUUGAUUGAUACUUACUUGUCAUAUGGUUUAUAACCAUAUCUGUGGCCUAUUGAGUUAAUCAUUAAAGCUACAUUU